AGUUUUUCGACACGUUUUGGUUGGUGUCACCGUUGUUGGAGCUCCGUGAAGCGACAGGUGACGCCGCUUUGGACGCGAAAUGAAACCAAAAGGGAAGUGAAACUCCUCAAGUCAAGUAACAGCUGCUGUGACGUUAAGCUAAACAAUAAGCGAGACGGAACGAAAAGGGCUCAACAUGACAAGUACAAACUGCCGUUACUUCAUAGUAACGAAAAAGCCUCGCAACUUCAAAUCCGUCAAUGUGGGUUGCCUGUGUUACAUGACUUCACAUAAGUACAACGCACAGCAACAACAACAGCAGGAGACAACGAAGCAUCCCAAAACCCUCUCCGUCCUUGUAUUUGGGACGCGCGCGCAUCUAGAGAAAGACUUGGAGGUCAGCUGCCUGGAGGAGCUGAACCUCGAGGAUGCGCGGCUGCUGCUGGGAGUUUCAGAGGAUGCGGAGAGACUGAGGAUGUUCUAUGAUCAGCCUGCAUUCCAAGCAGUCCGGAGUGUCACGGUGGGAAGCGCAGUGACAGUGGAGGAGGAUGGGAAAAUUCUCAGGGGAAUCGUUCGCUAUAUCGGGAAGCUGUCAGAGCCAGAGUAUCCGUACCCCAUAAGUGGAACGUACUACGGGAUUGAGCUACUGGGACCUGACAGGGGGAAGGCCAGUCGAAAAGGGACAAAUCCCUGCAGAACGCUUUUUCAGUGCGACAAAGAUUGUGGCGUUUUAGCUCCGAUCUCCAGAAUCCAACCCGUCGUCCCCAGCUCCCUCUCGCCUCCCAGCACUGAGCUGUCCAGGGCCCACAGUGAGCCACAAACAGACGAGCUUUUUCCAGGAGACAGAGUCAUCUACUUCAUUGAUGAUAAAGGCCGCAGUGGAAUGGUGGUGGAGGUUCAGCAACAGGAAGGGAAGCAAAUAGUUCGGAUCUCCACUGACACAGAUGAGAGUGGACGGCGAGGGGGUGAAGUUCUCGUUCCUCUAGAAAUCGUUUCUAAAGGAGAAUUUCCUGAAGAGGCCGAGGGAAUAGAUAUGGACCCAACACCAGCAGAGAAUUACACUCACCUGGAUGUGAACUCUAUGGUGGAGGUGACUUUAGGAGCAGGCAAUCUGUAUGGAAUAAUUCGCUGGAUUGGGAAACUUCCUGAGCGAGAAGAAAUUAUGGCUGGACUUGAGCUGGAGGAGGACAGAGGAGUCAGCGACGGCACCUUCAAGGGCGUCCGCUUCUUCGUGUGUCCUAACAAGAGAGCUCUGUUUGUGAAGCUGACCUCCUGUCACCCCGACUCACGUUUUCAUGGCUCGUCGGACAAGGAGACGUCAAAAUCCUUUUACACUGAAAUGGAAGAGGACUUCAGUGGUGAAAAUCCGGAUGUGGUUCCUCCAAUCAGCACAGAGCAGAUUGACCAUCUCCUGAUUGGUCGAAUGAAGGGGAUCCAAGGACACUGUAACUCCUGCUACAUGGAUGCUGCCCUCUUUAGCUUGUUUUCCUGCUCUUCUGCGAUGGACUCCAUGCUGUUCAAAACAACAACCUCUCAAGAUGCCCCGAUCCAGAAAACCCUGUUGCGUGACAUUGUUGUACCCCUGCGCAGUAAGGGCUUUGUAGAGUGUCAACACGUCAUGAAGCUGCGGCAGUUGCUGCAGAAACACGGCUACAGUCGCUCUUUCACCACAGAGGAGAAGGAUCCAGAGGAGUUUCUGAUUGUGGUCAUGCAUCACAUCCUGGCCCUGGACCCUCUGCUGAAGCUGUCAGCUGCUGGUAAAGUUCAAGAGAGUUACUGCUAUCAGAUAUUUCUGGAUCAGAACCACUGCCUUGUUCUGCCGACCGUUCAGCAGCUGCUGGAACACUCCUUUCACAGUGCCGGACUCAGGUUGGCAGAGGUACCAUCCUGCCUCAUCCUCCAGAUGCCUCGCUUUGGAAAGAAAUUUAAGAUGUUUGACAAAAUCAUUCCUUCUCUGGAGCUGGACAUCACUGAUCUGCUCUCUGAAGGUCCUCAGCAGUGCAUAAUGUGUGGAAACUUGGCAGUAGAAGAGUGUGCAGAUUGUUUUAAAGAUCCUACUUUUAGCCUGACGGGAUUCAAGAUCUUCUGCAAGAAAUGUUCGGCUCAGGUGCACUCUCACCCCAAGCGGCGCUCCCAUCAGCCCACUGCUCUGGAGAUUCCAAAGGGUUACAUGGGCCGUGGCAUCCCCCACACCCUGACCAGGGACAGACUGGAGCUGUUUGCCGUGCUCUGCAUCGAGACGAGUCACUACGUUUCCUUUGUCAAACACGGACCAAAAAGCCACGACUGGAUCUUCUUUGACAGCAUGGCCGACAGACAAGGAGAGACGGAUGGCUUCAACAUCCCAGAGGUGCACGCCUGCCCAGAGGUCGCCAUCUACCUUGAAAUGUCUCCUGCCGAGCUUGUCAAUCAGGCACCUCGAGACAUGAAAGGCGUGGCCAAGCGUCUCUUCUGUGAUGCCUACAUGUACCUGUACCAGAGCACAAGUAUGUGCCUCUACCGCUGAUGGGAAACUCCCAAACCCGGCUGCUUUUAACUUUACUCCAACAUUCAUUUACUUGAUUUCUGUCAGGUUUGUAUGGAAAAAACAGCUUUAAUUUACAUUUUUGCAUUUAAUAUACAAAUACAUUUAAAAAAAUCUGCUGUGGGGAAUUGAUAAUCCUGCCAAAGUAAUUUAUAUCAGAACUGCUAAAGUUUCAUUUACAGCAGGAAGGACAACUGACAACUUUCUGAGAACAAAUUGCACUAAAGACAAAAAUGUGACGAAUGUUUUCAAUUCUCUAAUAUCAAUAUUACUUGUUUUUACCUCUAUAUGGGUGUUUAAAAGGAGGGCUUCUGGCUACGAUAAAACAAAUGAGUAUGAUUAGUAACUCUUAAACAUGUUCAUUUAUCCUGAAGGCUUGAGGUUGAUGUUUUUUAAUGAGUCAUGGUGAAUGGACCACAGAGUUAAUGUCGUUUUUCACCCUAUAGGAAAUAAAAUGUCUGCUUUUGAUGCAA